AUGGCAACCGAAGAUGAUAACUUCGAUAUUGACAUCUACGGAGAUGGUGGUGGCUACAAUGCGAAUGAACAGGGCGAUGACUCGGAGCUGGUGUUAGAUGCCCCAGAGACUGCACAGGCACAGCCCUCAGGGAACAACGUGAAUACCUCUGAAGAAACCAAGCCCCAAGUUGACGCCCAGCCUCCUCCCUCGUCAAUCAACGGCAACCACACAAUGGCGCCGCAAGUGAAAUCUGACCCGGAUGCGCCUGCACCACCGCAUGGUGUCAAGCGCAAGGAAUAUGAUGAUCGACCCUCUGAUCCCGAUGCAACGACUGCUUUGCUCGUUUCUGAUCUCUCCUGGUGGACAACAGACGACGAUAUCCGUGGCUGGGUGAAUCAAGCAGGCAGUGAAGAUGAGCUUAAAGACGUGACAUUCAGUGAACACAAAGUGAAUGGAAAGAGCAAAGGUCAAGCUUUCGUGGAAUUCACCACCUCCCAGGCUGCCACAGCCACCAAGCACAAACUCGAGAGCCUUGCUGCCUCAGGUCGCAAAUAUAUGGUCAACUACACCAACCCACACGCCAACCCCUUCCGCACCCUCCCGAAAGAUGCUCCCAUGCGCAAAGAUAACCCCCGUGGCGGCGGUAUGUCCGGUGGCUUCAACUCCGGCACCCAAAAUAUGAACUUCAACAAUGGAGGCAAUAUGGGCAUGGGCGGUGGCUACCGCGGCCGUGGCGGAUACAACAACCGUGGUAUGGGUGGAAACAUGGGUAACUUCAAUAACCGCAACAACUUCAACAAUAUGGGCGGUGGCUUCCAGGGCGCUGGUCCAGGUGGACCCGGCAUGAUGGGCGGCUUCCAGGGCAAUACUAUGGGAGGCAUGCAGAACUACGGCUUCAAUAACCGCGGUGGUAUGAUGGGUAACAUUCGCGGUGGGCCUGGUGGCAUGCGUGGUGGCCGUGGGGGUAAUAUGGGUGGCAACAAUAUGAUGGGCAUGCCUGGUAUGAAUCCUAUGGCCGGGGGUAUGGGUAUGAACCCCAUGGCUGGAGGUAUGAACCCAAUGAUGGGUGGAAUGGGCGGGAACAUGGGUAUGCAGGGCCAAGGCUUCCAAGGUCCAAACCCAGCUUUCAACCAAGGUUUCUUCAAUAACCAAGGCGGCGGCGGCGCUGAUGCAUCAUGGAAUCCCCACGGUGCGAAGCGAAGUCGUCAGGAGUAG